UUCGCCGCCGGCGCGAGCUUAUGUGUAUUGUUCUACUAAUUUCAAAUUUCGAACUUUAAAAUCAUUGACGUUGAAUUUUCGAAAUUGGAACGUUGGAACUAACAACGAGUGUUGCCAGUGGUUAUUUUUAACUCGUGAAUUACGAAAAGUGUGUAUGAAGGUUAAGUGACAAGUUGUGGUUAAAGUUCACUUAACGUUUAGUGGUUAAACGUGAAAUUAUGUGUUUUAUUGAACUAUAAUUCGACUUAAUCACCUUGUUGUAAGGCAUUGACAAACUGUUUACUAGUGAUGUGAUACAGUCAUGCAGUACAGCGUCAACACGACGCAAUUGUGUUAGCUAGUGUUGUGAAUAUCGAGCGUAUGAACACACUCAUGCUGACGACUGGAACUGUUGACGAUCAGUCCAUGGACGGGAACAUGUCAUUUUCAUCUUAUAAUAUGAUGGAUUCAGGAGGAGCGGGCAUCGAGUCUCCGCCCACCUACCAUCGAAGCUACGAGCAGUACGUCCAAGGUGCCGUCGACACGAGCGCAGACUCACCCCAGGAGCAGACCAGCCCAGAACUUGUAGUCUGGUCGACCCUUCCCUACGGCAUAGACUAUAGAACACAGUACGAGUACAGAAAUCCAUAUGAGUCCAGAGACUUUUCCACUCAACAAUUCGCAAGAGCACCAUUUACAACGAAAAUGGGCCAGGCGAAGGCGUUGAAAGAGGCCAGGAUAAGGAGACCCAUGAAUGCCUUUAUGGUGUGGGCGAAGGUGGAGCGGAAGAAGCUGGCUGAUGAGAAUCCAGAUCUGCACAACGCUGACCUCAGUAAAAUGCUAGGUAAAAAAUGGCGUUCGUUGACUCCGCAAGAUCGCCGGCCUUUUGUGGAAGAAGCUGAACGUCUGCGGGUUAUUCACAUGACGGAACAUCCGAACUACAAAUACAGGCCCAGGCGGCGGAAGCAGAACAAGACAAGACCCAACCAGCCCACAGCGCCAUCUAGCGCUCCACCCUCUGCCACAACUGCAUUAGGAUCUCCAUACGCCACUGCCACUGACUCACCAGACACACGCUUCUCCCACAACCCUGGAGCUGGUUUCUCCCCAUACCGAACUUCGCCACUUGCGCCAGACUCGUACCAAACAAGUCAAUUUAAUGGCCACGUUCGAACUCCUGAAUCGUCCCCAGCUCGAUCUCCCGAACCCCAAGGAAGAAGAAGCACCCCAGCAGAUGCUUCAGGAAUCGGAACACCUGACGCGUCCCCGGUCGAAAAUGAAAAGGAGAAUUUUCAGUAUGAAGAAAGGCGGAGGGCGAUUAACGCCUCAUCUCUGUCUGAGUCGUACUCCUACAAGUCUUUCCGAUCAACUGGGUCGUUCUCACCAGCACCCGUAGCUGCAAUGGGAAUGGCAAACGGCAUGUAUGUGAUGUGUGCCCAAAGGUCUUUAGCAGAACAACCUCCUUUAGUAACUGGUACUUUCUUCCCACCAGUCGCUACAUCACAGGAUCAACAGGCUCUCGGCUCAACAGCGCCCAGGGUGUCCUCUGCACCAAGCGGUCCAAUGACAACAGAAUACAGCAUUCAAUACCAUCCAUAUGAACAAUACGAGCAGAUGUACAAAACAGAGGAUUCAUAUGUGUCCCACUACCCUGAUCAACCGAAAACUGAGUAUGAUACCAGCGGAACCUAUUUCGCAGAAGAACCACCUCAGGGCCAAGAGAACGAGCAGGGAUUUAUUGCUCGACCAGAAAUACGGACUGGCUCUCCUGAAUCUGACGUAGAUGCUCGGGAGUUUGAUAAGUACUUGGAGUAUAACGCUCAGGGUAUGGAGCAACACCAGCAGUAUAGAUAUGAACAGCAGCAGUACAGGCCGUAUUGCCCAGAGCAACAACCGCAAGAUUACUGCACAGAGAGGAUGUAUCCUUCUCCCUACGCAUCAGUUAUAGCUGGGACGCCCCCUUCAGGGCCCUACACGCCAGCUCCACCAGGAUUAGCCGAUGCCCGCCCUGACGACGAAUUCAGCGUUAUCUUAGCUGGAGUAAGACAGACCUGUUACAGCAAUUGACUAUACCGAGAAUGAAGAUAUCAAAGCUUUAGACUAAUACGAACUCACUGUGAACACAAAACUGUGAUCCUUGCAAGAUGUGUUAAAAUAUUUUAGUGUAGACAAAGUUAAUAAGGUGUUUUAUAUUAAUUAGCUUUUUAAUGUUCCUAAGUUGAUAAAAUAUGCGAGAAAGUUUAUGAUUAAUAUAUCUUCUGAAUGCCGUACUGCCUGGUGUUCUGUUAUAUUUCAGAAUGUGUAUUUUUAUAUUAGGGCCUGAUGCGGAUUGGUUCCGAGUUUAAAUGGAACUAACUCUGUCCAAUUCACCAAAUUGCAGAUUCUCUAUAUUCUCUAUAUCUUUGAACUCAAUACAGUUUCUUCGGGGGCCAUUCAAGUAUUAUGUAAGCAGAUUUCUUGCUCUCAUAUAACUACAUAAACGUAUUAAUUUUUUGUAGGAAUCCUCGAAAAUGCAUAUCGUUUUCAAACAUAGACAAUAUGUGGGUUUAUGUGUAAAAAGUAAAUAAUUACUGUUGGCGUAAUCAAAUACGAAAAUCAAAGUAUAGUGCUUACGUAACACCUGAACGGCCCUUUGGGCCAUAAGACAAUCAUUUUUGUUGUUGAUGUUAAUAAAAAGUAGAGCCUUCAAUACGAAUAUUUCCAAUUUAAUUAUAUAAGAAUUUUUCCUAUGUAAGUAAAAUUUAUAAGCUAUGUAUAAAAUGGCUGGUCCAAGAAAUAAUAAUGACCAAUUUGUAAAAAUGUAUUUAUCGUUAUGUCAAUUGUUUUAGACGGACAAGUAUGGUGCUACAUGUCAUAUUCACGAUUAUGUUGUACCAAAUGAUACUUCCCUAAAAGAUUAUUUAUUUGUAUUUGUAUAUUUGUUUACGAAAUCUGUUCUUCCAUAAGUAUGUAGAUAUAAAUGUAGUUUUAGUUAUUUUUAUAUUUUAUAUUUGUAUAAACGGUUAAUAUCUCAUAAUUUAGAUAUUAGUUAAUAGAAAUCUAGUGUAACAGCACUGCAAUAAGUUCUU